AUGUCAAACUCUCGAAACCCUCCCAUCCUUCUCAACGAUUCGAACUACUCCACUUGGUCCUUUCUCAUGGUAGCGAAACUGAGCAAACUCGACGCCCUUGAUGUCGUUUUAGGUUCCAUCAAGAAACCGAAAUUGGAUGAUCCUGAAAAACCAACAAAAGAAGCACUAGCGUAUGAGGAAAUAAAUCGAAUCGCAUACAUCGAAAUCAUUGAACAUCUGGACAACAAUCACUUGGCUUACGUGUCUCAGACGAUCACCGACGAAACCUCGUUCUGUGGUUUCUCUGUCUGGCAGAUUUUGAAGAAGAAAUACGCAGGCGAUGACUAUGUCUCGAAGGAUCUAGCGCUGGAGAAGUUUCUUGAUCUCGAUUAUCACGGAUCCACGACCGACUUCAUCACAGAAGUCCGCGCUGCCAAUCAAAAACUCGUAUCGUCCAAGAUCGGUCUCGAUGAUCAAGUCAAAACCGCUAUCAUCCUCCGAAAGCUCCCUUCAGAAUUUCAAUCUCUCAAAACUGUUCUCAGCAUUGGCUGCGCAGGCGAUACUGUGGCGAUGAUGUUAAAUCGACUCGAACGACAUGCGGCUCAGAAUCACCUUGAUCGUUCCUCUUCUCAGCCAUCCCAACAGGCCCUUCUCACUACCGAUGAGAAAUUCUACAUGUGUCCCCACUGCAAGAAGGGUUUCACCAUCUGUUCCCACUGUGAUAAAGCGGGCCAUAAAGAAUCGAUCUGCUUUGAAAAGCACCCUGACCGUCGCCCUUCCAAGCCCUCCGCUUCCGCUGCUUCAUCCAAAUCCAAACCUGCCGCUCAAGCUCAUCUCGCUUUCACCGCUCCCCACGGCUUCACUCCUGAACAAGUCGAAAGCGAACGAAACUUUCAAGCUAUGCUGGCCAACCCUGAAUUUCAGAAGCUCAACAUCAACGCCGAAUAUCGAUUGAAUAACUACCACACCGUCUCCAAUUCUCCACCCCCUGGUGUUAUCAACCAUCCUGCGGCCAAGUUCAUGAGUAUACCACUCAGGGCAACCGUCGUCUGGGUCGGCUUUGAUGCCGAGAUCAUCCUGGCCAUCGAGGGUGACCGCUCCAAGUUCCAUCUCACCCUCCUCGAACCGCCUCACUCUGAACUCCUGCUCGACAAGGAUAGCGUCGAGAAUGGUGGCAAACGUAAUAGCUCGAUCGGCACGCCUAUCCUCCCUCAUAUCUUUGUCAAGACUGAGGUUGGUAAUGCCGAUCGUCACGUGCUCAGAAGCAUUGGUAAUGUCGAAAGGUUCUUGACUGAAACUACUCGGUCCUUGAUCUGCGAAGAAUUCCUUUAUCCU